AGUAUACCAUCAUGCAACAGAAGACCCACAAAAAAAAAAUCUCACACAAAUUCUGUAUCUCACAUUCGAGAGAGAUCAUAUCAAUUAAAAUGGAAUAGAGGUGGUAUAGGUGUGUGCGUCGAGCGAGUAUAGUAGCGUGUAAAAAGUGUAUGCAGCAUAAAAGGUUAAAAACACGAAAUCAAAAAGGAAAAUGAUAAAAAUCACUCAAAAACACCGUGAAGGGGAAGAGCUGAAAACGUAGCGCGUUUGAGUGAAAAAUGUUAUUUCGAAAGGUUCAGUAUACUCUGACUCGGGCACGCGCAAAUCUCGGCUAAAUUGUUUCGUUUCUUGGUCGAUGCUUGUGCAGGAGAUGGUUGUCGCAGUAUAGAGGCGUUAAGUUGAAUUUAGUCUGUACAAAGUAUUGUCGGAGUUUGGUUACACACGAAAAAAAAUAUUCUACUUACCGUUAUAAAGACCAGUUUGUGUAAUAUUUUCCAUCGCUCGAUUUAAAUUAUUCAGUCGGGACGUUUCUUUUUUUUUUGUUAUAACCCUAUUGUGUACUGUUGUAGUAUAGUAUUUCUUGUUGUAAAUGGAAAAUGACAUGGAAAAUCGAGACACUGAAAAUGUUGUUUUUAUUAAAAAGAAAUUUCAAGAAUAAUUACUUUUGAGUGUUAAUUAGAAAGGGAGAAUUUUGAUGAAAAUUAACAGAAAAGUCCAGUGAAAAUAAAGGAUUUUUUUUAUGAAAUAUACUUUUGUUGGGACUAUUUAUUUAUUCUGUGUCUUGUUUAAAAAAAAAUAUUUAAAAAUAAAAAUAUAAAAAACGAAGGAAAAUAAUAAUAAUAAAAAGAACGAAACAUUGAAACACAUAAUAUACUCCGACCGAGGAAACGUAUUGAAUUGUUAGUUAAAAAAGCAAUUCGUUGUACAUUCAGGUACACAUUGAACACAAAAUAAUAAAAAAGAAGGAAAAUGAGUAUAAAAUAUUAAAAGGUAGAAAAUAUGUCACGAUAAAUAAUUUAUUUGAAAAGAAAAUUGUUUUUCUCGUGUCUGAGGCUGAAUGUGAAUAUUCGAAAGCGGAGAAGAAGAAGAAGAAAAAAAAAACAUUAGGAAAAUUCUGAAAUGUUUUUAAAACAAAGUGAAAUUUUCAAAGCAAUUCCCAUGAAGAGGAAAAAGAAUUUUUUAAGUUUUCUUUAACUUCUUUUUUCGGUUUAAUUUUUUUUCUUCAGUAUUUCGUCGUUUUUUUUCUUCAAUGAUACCAGCAAGCAUCAUUUGAACGUACACUCCAAAAAAUAAAAUAAAAUAAAAGGAUAAAAACCAGUCACGCAAAGUUUAAUAAUUUGUGACGUGACAUUGUUUCCACACACAGGAGCGAAAAAAAAGCUACAACACUAUCAGGUGACAAGACAAUAACUUAAGCAAAAGUGAAACGUUCGGUAGCUUUUUUCCUUUUAAUUUAAACUUAAUGCCGAAUGUGAAUUUGUAACAUCGACAGAACGAGAGAAAGAGAGAUAGAGCCAAAAUAAAAAAAAAUAUUUUUAAUGGAUUCUUUAAACCACAAUAAUUGUAUUAUUCGAAGCUUAUUUUGUUUGUCUAUCAGUGCGUAACAGUUUGAUUUGAGGAAGAAAAAAAUAAAGUGAAAUUACACUGAUUGUAUGAUGUGUACGGCAGUGAAUGUUCAGUGAUAUCGUUCGGCAAUUUUCCCUUUUACGGCAAUACACACCAAAAAAAAAGACAAGAUCGGCAGAGUAUUAACGAAAUUUUUUUGUAUUUUUCGUUAGGAUAAAAGAAGUUAUCAAUGCGUACGGUGAAUUACAUGGAAUAAAGUGAAUUGUUUCAAAGUUUAAUAUAUUAAUGUAAACAGAUCAGACCUCCUAUCGAUAGAGAGAAGAAAGCAACAAACAAACGAAUAAUAACAUUGAAAAAUUGCAUUACAAAAGGAUUAUACUUUAUGUGGAUACAACUCAAACAAAUUGGAAUAUUGAGUGGCAUUUGAAAUCCGAAAAGAAUCACAAUCAAUCAAUCAUCAAUCAACCAACAAACUACAAUGUCCGUCGACUUGAAACUGCCAAUGUCUGAACUGGUACUGUAAAACAUCAUACAACCCCGAACCGAAGGAUAACCAAAAACUACACAAAUAUGCCGAAACAAAAGCUUAAUCAGCAAAUUAAUCGAAUAUGUUCAAUGUUGGUGCUGGUUUUCCAGUUAUUGGUGACUGUUUCGCCGGCCAAGCUAGCAAAUACAAAUAGUGGUGCUAAUAGCGGCACCAGUGGCCAACGAUUCGCCAUGGAGCCACAGGAUCAAACAGCAAUUGUUGGUUCGCGUGUUACGUUACCGUGCCGGGUUAUUGGUAAAAAUGGUUGGUUACAGUGGACGAAAGACGAUUUCGGAUUGGGUACGCACCGAAAUUUAAGCGGCUUUGAACGAUAUUCUAUGGUCGGAAGUGACGAAGAAGGUGAUUAUUCGUUAGACAUAUAUCCUGUCAUGCUGGACGAUGAUGCAAAAUAUCAGUGUCAAGUUGGACCGAGUCCGACAGGCAUACCGGGCAUUCGAUCACGAUUUGCCACCUUAACCGUUCUCGUUCCACCGGAACCGCCAAAAAUCAUCCAAGGAGAUUUUCUGGUCACAACAGAAGACAGGGAAAUCGAAUUGGAAUGCGUAUCGGUAGGAGGAAAGCCAGCAGCCGAAAUAACAUGGAUCGAUGGUUUAGGGAACGUUUUGACGACCGGAAUUGAUUACAUGAAAGAGCCGCUAGCCGACUCGAGACGAUUUACGGCUAAAUCAAUUUUAAAGUUGACUCCGAAAAAGGAACAUCACAACACAACGUUUCUAUGCCAAGCCCAAAAUACAGCUGAUCGAACAUAUCGUUCAGCCAAGCUCAAAUUAGAGGUAAAAUUCGCCCCCAAAGUAACAGUAUCCGUUCAGUGCAAUGGUAAUGCAUUAACCUGUGGUCGAAUACCAGAAGGUGCAGAUGUUACAUUAUCGUGUCAUUCGGAUGCAAAUCCAAUUGAAGUGAAACGAAAUUGGUAUAUAAACGAAGAACUGGUUUCUGGUGAUUACACAACGGAAAUGGUCAUCCAUAACGUUACGAGAAAAUAUCACGAUGCCAUUGUUAAAUGUGAAGUUCAUAACGUGGUGGGAAAGAGCGAAGAAAGUGAAACAUUGGACAUAAGCUACGGUCCUGCAUUCAAAACCUAUCCGAAAUCGGUUGAAGCCGACAUAGAUACAUCGGUGUCAUUACAAUGUGAUGUGAAUGGUAAUCCCACUCCAGACAUAUUAUGGAUUCAUGAACCGAGCGAAAGGAUUGUCGGCACGUCAUCAAAUCUAACCGUUGUCGUUACGCAUGAAACAGCUGGCGCAUAUAAGUGCAAGGCAAGCGUAAUGGGAUUCGCAGAAAUCAGUGCUGAAGCAUCGAUUUACUUGAAGGGACCACCGACGAUAACGUCUCCGAGACAACAGUUUGGGAUUAUCGGUGACAAUGCUCGAAUUGAAUGUGUUGCAUUUUCCGUUCCGAAAGCCAGGCACGUAUCAUGGACAUUUAAUGGCAGAGAAAUAAAUACGAAUACGGAUCAGGAUUAUUCAAUACUGGAGGACCCAUUGCCGGAGGGUAUUAAGUCAACGUUAAUUAUACGUGAAAGUCAAUCGAAGCAUUUCGGACGAUAUAACUGUACGGUCGUGAAUGACCAUGGCAAUUUCGUAUUGGAAAUUGAUUUAAUGGCACAAAAGACCUAUCCAUCGUUGAUGAUAAUAUUUGGUGCUAUGCUGUCUAUUGCUGUGCUGAUGCUAUUCAUUAUGCUUUUUGCAUUUUGUUUCAAAAAGGGAAAGAAAAAGUUACCACCUGCAGAUGUGAUACCUGAGCAGCACAAAACCGAUAAAAAUUGCAAGGAAAGUGAUCGUUCGUCGAAUCUCAGCGAUGUGAAAGUGGACAUUCGAUCUGGGUCGCAUGAUUACCUUGAAACAUGCUCGGGAACGGACAGUGUUGCGACACGAAUAGCCGUCACAGCAUUGGGAAGCAUAAACAGUAGUAGUGGUGGCAAUGGUGGCUCUGUACCGCUUGCUGGACCAGUUAAAAUACCCGAUCAUUACAGAUAUUCCGGUGAAUACACCGACACAUUAGGGCAACUACAACCAAAGUCUGGACAAAACAAUAACGGAUAUGUACCUUAUGUGGACUAUUCGCGCGGCGAUUAUAGUCCGCCACCACAUACACUAGCCAAUCGAACAAACACAGCGAAUAGUUUGAACAACAUGUCUCAUAUGAAUGGGCAAAUUCCCAGUGGCAAUCUAAGUCUAACCAGAAACAGGCAUGAUCUCAGACAAGACAACGGACUGCCAACGGGCAGUUCAAAUUCACUACAAAAUGGUCUACUAUGUCAACCAUUACUGCAAAAUGGUUUAAGUACCAUCGAUCCAAGAUACAGUGCAGCAUAUUGCAAUCCAUAUUUACGAAAUUCGAGUGCAUCAUUGCCGCCCCUUCCACCCAGUACGGCAAAUCCAGGUGCAACACCGGCACCUCCACCAUACAAUUCGAAUAGAAAUAUACAAUCUAGUAUACAACAGCCACCAGUAUCAAGCCCGUCUGGUCAAUUUAUACUCCCAGCAAAUGGUAAUUUAAAGAAAGGUACAUUGGCAACACAUGUUUAAUAUUCAAUUUUAUCGAUACGUGAAUUUAUAAUCUAAUUAACUUUUAGUAUAGCUGGGUGGGAUGUGUGUGUAUGAGUGUUUAAAGACUGGUUAUACGAAUGGGAGAUUAUGAUGUGAAGUGUGACGUUUAUGAUUUAUGUGUGUGUGUGUGUGUGGGUGAGUGUUUAAAGUGUAUGAACGGGUGUGUGUGUAGUGGGUGCGAACGAUAAAAUGCAUUUAAUUAAUGAAAAUAGAAAAUUUUCAAAAUUGUAUUUAAAUAAAAACAAACGCUUAGCAUGAUGAGAAACGAAAGAAAAACUAUUGUAAAAAUGCGCUUCUCUGGUUAAUAGAAAGCAUCCACGGACACUUUUCGGUUAAAACCAGUAAAAUGAAGUAAAAGUU